UCUUUUAGUCAACAACUUGUAGUGGAUGCUUUUUAUUGACAUAUUUGUGGUCGAUGUUCUCUCCACACCAUAGACAUUUCCUUCUUCCUCUGAGAGAUUUGAGUUGUAAGCCAUGGAGCACCUUGUUUCAAGCUGGUGCAAUGAUCGAUCCUUGCCAGAAUCGUAUAUACUCCCACCAGAAGAUAGACCAGGGAUGCUCCCUCUAGGCAAAAAUAUUCCAGUGGUUGAUCUUGGGGCUCAUGAUCAAACCGAUAUACUUCAACAGAUUUUGGAAGCUAGCCAAGAGUUUGGAAUGUUUCAGGUGAUCAACCAUGGAGUCCCUAGCAACUUAAUAGAUGAGGCCAUGGGUGUUUUUAAGGAGUUUCAUGCAUUAUCUGCCGAGGACAAGGCAAUCGAAACUUCGAAGGACCCCGAUAAGAGCUGCUACAUGUAUACAAGCAGUCAUAAUUAUGCAACUGAAAAGUAUCACUUCUGGAGGGAUGGAUUGUUCCACCAUUGUAAUCCUCUAGAGAAAUACAUCCAAUUUUGGCCUGAAAAGCCACCUAAAUAUCGAGAAGUUGUUGCGACAUAUACAGCUGAAUUAAGGAAGGUGGUCUUUAGGAUUUUGGAGUUCAUUGCUCAAGGCUUGGGACUCAACCCCGAUCAUUUUAGCAGUGAACUUUGUGAAAAUCAAGUAGUGUUGGUCAAUCACUAUCCACCAUGCCCAGACCCAAGUUUAACCUUGGGUUUAUGCAAACAUAGAGACCCUACUGUCAUUAAUAUUCUUCUUCAAAGUGAUGUAUAUGGGCUUGAAGUCUUCAAGGAUGAGGAAUGGAUUGGUGUUGAACCUAUUCCUUACGCUUUUGUGGUUACCUUAGGUGCUCUGAUGCAGAUUAUUAGCAAUGGGAAGUUGAAAGGUGCUGUACAUCGAGUGGUGACAAAUUCGAAUUUAGCUCGGACAACUGCUACCUUCGGUCUUUAUCCCCUUUAUGAAACACUUAUAGAACCAGCAGAAGCUUUGGUUGAUGCAAGCAAUCCUGCACUCUGUAAGUCCUUCUCAUACAAAGACUUUAUUAUCAAAUUCAGAGCCUCUGCCUCCUACGGUACAGCAUUGGAGGAGUUUUUAAGUGGCACUCCUGAUUAGUGGUCUGAGAAAAAAAAAGCUAUUUUACUUUAUCAAUGUAUAACCAUUGAUAUCAAGGAAGUAAACAUUAGUUAGUGAAAUUGGUUUUACAUUGCACUAAUAUUAUGAUUAUUGUCAUUAUCUUUAUGGAUAAAAUUUUAGUGUCAUGAACACCAAUUGAAUAAAAGAUUUUGAACGCAUUGUAAUAUAUUAUGGAUUGGCGACAUAAUAAAAGCAGGUGAUGGCCAUAUAAAUUAAUUUCCCUUUUCCUGUCUAGUCAUUUAUGCUAUGUUUGGUGAGGGUGAAAAAUGAGAGGAUGUGAAAUGGGAGAAGGAAAAAGGAGAGGAAAAUGUCAUUUUCCAUUAUUUGGUUGGAGUGAAAAGGUAGAGGAAAGAAAAUGGGUGGAUGAAGUUUUCUACCCAAGCCACCAUUUUGUCCCCCUUCCAAAUUGGUAAGAAAAGGGAAGAGAAAAUGGCAAUGAGAAGAAAUGUACAAUAUUACGUGUACUUUACGUUCCUUUACUUUGUGCCGGUCUGAUCACUUGAAAGGAAACGAAGGUAUGAAAAAGAAGUUUGAGUUGUUAAUAUAAUAAUUUGGCUAAUAGUACAAUGGAGGUGUAGGGAAAGUCGGUGUUGUUUCAAAGGAGAGUGAAGAAGAAAGUAAAGAGAGUUUUGCUACUACUCCUAGUAGUGAGGAGAAGAGAGGAGGCCUGCCAACAUGCCUUUGGUGAAAGUGGGUGGUUUGGAGCUUUAUCUUUUGCUGGAAUAUUCUUCUUGCGGCGGCGAUAACUAAGGAAGGGGCUGUGUCUAUGACCCUGUCUUUGGAAUUUGCUGCCACUUCUGCAGGUUUUGUUUAUGCCCUUGCAGUCUCUCCUUCAUCAGUUUGAAUUUUUGUAUAAUGGGUGAUAAAUAAGAUAGGAUGAAAUGAAUUUUACUUCUCUUUU